CCCCCCCCUCCCCUGGCGCCCUCGCAAAACCGGCCGUCUCUUUUCAUACUGCACCUUCGUCCACUCUUGUGAUCGUCUUGUGUUCUCAAUGGCCGGUGGAUCGCCAACGGCGUUCCUGCUGUGGUCCAUCUUGGCAUGCUUGGUGAGCAAUAUGUUUUGUACUACGUAUCCCAAAAUCAAGAAGCAAUCUCAUAUUUCCUGCGUCAACUCUCGAUACAACCGAUACCAUCCGACGGUUCAGUUCUACUGCUUUCUUAUCUUUCACCUGUGGAACUACGAUAGGUUCAAGUGUAUGAGAUGGAGUCAGGCGAACAGACGUCCGGGGGCUUUCAAGCGGGUGAUGACAUACACGUACAUAACAUCGCUCACGUUGCUCGUCAUCUUCGGUGCCGCGUUCACAUUGCUCAAAUUUAAAGAAGGUGACAUUAUCCUGUUUAACGGCGAAGUGACUUCGACACCCCUCGAACUCUAUUCCCCCGCUCACAAGAAAUGGGUGUUACCGUUGCUCUUUGUAUUCACUAUAGCAUGGGCAUGUGAACACAUCACCCAUCUGGAAGAGCUGACCUUCUGGCUGUUCCUCCAAAACCAGGGACCCAGGUCACGGGUGUGGUUCGACAGCUGGGAGUUUAAGCUUUGGCUUUGGGGUUCUAUGGUCGCCAUCCUUGGAAUGCCAGUGACUGCCCUUGUUGCAAGGAAGCAGCUUGACACCUGCCUAGCGUGGAUACUCUUGGUAGGGUCGUCCGCCUCAACAUGCGAGACCCUUGGUUUUCUUUUUGUCCUUUUCCGAUUUCCGGCUUUCAUUCGCAAGGUAAAGGACGACGGCGCAGCACCCAAUAUCAUCGUCCGACUCGUAUAUUCCUACCAGUUGAAUUGUGGCCGUAUUGCAUUUCGAUUUGUUUUCUCUAUUCCACUGUUAGUACUAGGAAUUGAUGGAGUUCAAGGGUCCCACCCUAUAAACAUGAGUCCAUUUUGGUCAGAUUUUCUCUUGAUGUUAGGAGGCAUUGGCUCUUUUGUGUCGUCGGGAAUAACUUUGCUUGUCUUUUUCCCUCGUUCUUUGAUAUCAGAACUUGGUUAUACCAUCACUCCUAACUAUCCUACAACACCUGUGGCUGUAAAGGCAUCCACUGUACCUCCCGCGGAGUUCCAACAGGAUACCCAUCCAGAACCUCUAGUGGCCGAGAAACGUACCCCGGGACCUCCGCGCUCCUCGACUGAUUCCGAACACGAACCGUCCCCGGACUAUGACGCGGAGGGACCGGCGGAUGCUAGCCGUCCUCACUCAGACGAUGGCCACGUACGCGUGCGAGUUUGGGACUCUCAUGGUGUUCCUACGCCUUGCACGGACGAGUCACCGUCUCCAGCGCGCUAUGUUUUCGAUCAUCGUUCAAAUCGCCUAGUGAGACCGCAUUCUGACGGUCAUUCGCUUGGUUUGGAUCCUUAUAUCCGACGUUUCAGGUCGCCGAUUGACAUCGACGACAUCGACGACACCGACGAUCCCUAUAAUUCUGCUUGAUAGUGCUUUCUAGAUCUUGCUGUUCUGUUUUCUGCGUUCGACAUCACAUCUCCUUAAAUUUUGCAAGGUUCCGGGUGCCUCAUGUACACCAUGUCAACUGCUCCUUUGCUCACACUCAUUACCAUCAAACCACCAUAUCAUACUUCAUCUGCUGUGCAUUCGCACUCAUAUAUCGACCCUUCUGUUUUCUGUAAAGCUCUGCCAAUC